AUGCCAUCUAAUUCAGAUACCAAUAUCACAGCUAUGUUCAAAUGCAGUUAUUCCGGUUGCACCGCCAGUUAUCAGCGCAAAGAGCAUCUACGUCGCCACCAGAUAAGACACUCCCAGCAACAAAUAUUUCCAUGCUCGAAUUGUGACCGUGAGUUCGCACGCAGAAGCGAUACUUUACGGCGCCAUGUCUGGCAGCAUCAUGGAAUAAAAAAGCCAUCCACACGAGCCCGGCGAGCGUGUGAAAGCUGCCGAGCUACAAAAUCACGUUGCCAAGGAGAUCAACCAUGCAGUGAAUGUCUACGCCGCGGGAUCGAGUGCAGUUUCAAAGAUCAUAGAGAUGAAGAGAAAGAAGCUAGUGCACCACUUGAUCCCACUCUGGUCUCUGAAAAAAGAGACCACUAUAUUUCGCUUUACUUCGAGAAGUUCCAUGCCAGAUGGCCAUUCAUCCACAGAGGAUCGUUUGAAGCUAGUCGCGAAGCACCUCUUCUUAUUCAAUCAAUGGUAGUCCUGGGGAUGUGGACUAGUGGGGAAGAGACAGUGCGAAAGGCUGCAGUGGACCUUCAUAAUAACCUCGACUUGGCUAUUCGACAACAAAAGCACAAAUGGGAUGCUUCGGAGGUAGAGGAGGCGUGUAGUGAUUGCAAGUGGCCAAUACCAACUUACCAAGCUAUCCUCCUGCAUAUCAUAUUUUCAAUAAUGCAUGCAAGUGGCGGUACGCUCGACUUGGAUUUACGCUUCAGUCUUGCGCCCAACAGACUCGAGCUACUCAUGGGCUUGGUGCGGAGUUGUCGGAAGCUAGGUAUGUUUCAUUAUCCCAAUAUUCUUGAACGUUAUCGAGAAGUCGAUGUUUUCACCUAUGUCUGGGUAUGCAUUGAAGAAGUCAAACGGUUUGAUCUUGCUUUGUACAAGGUCUGUGGAAAGUUGACUGGCUUGGGUUCUGGGGGAAAUCUAGAUGUGGGUGGCAGCUCCCUGUUCAGUGCCGAAGAAUUGCAAUUUCCCAUGCCAAAUAAUUGUUCCUUAUGGCAUGCUGUUGGUCGAGAUCAGUGGAUAUCGGCUCUUGAAGGGAAACUGGUGGAUUUGGAUGACCUGGCCCAGGACAGUUGGAUAUCAAAUUCAGCUGGGCUUUUGAACUUUUUGUGCGGUGUAUAA